GUGGCCCGAGGCCUUUGAGCUGAAGGGGGCCAGAGAGGCGCCGGCAUGGGCUGCGAAGUGCCCACACCUUGGCUGCUGCUCUUCACCUGGCUCCCCACAGGGUGCCUAUCCUUGCUGGUGACAGUCCAGCACACAGAGCGUUAUGUCACCCUGUUUGCCUCCGUCAUCCUCAAAUGUGACUACACCACUUCUGCCCAGCUCCAGGACGUGGUGGUGACCUGGCGCUUCAAGUCCUUCUGCAAGGACCCCAUCUUUGACUACUACUCUGCAUCAUACCAGGCAGCUUUAUCCCUGGGCCAGGACCCAUCAAAUGACUGCAAUGACAACCAGCGGGAAGUUCGCAUCGUGGCCCAGCGGCGGGGACAGAAUGAGCCUGUGCUGGGCGUGGAUUACAGGCAGCGUAAGAUCACCAUCCAGAACCGAGCAGAUCUCGUGAUUAAUGAAGUGAUGUGGUGGGACCAUGGAGUGUAUUAUUGCACCAUUGAGGCUCCAGGGGACACCUCAGGAGACCCAGAUAAGGAGGUGAAGCUCAUCGUCCUGCACUGGCUGACAGUGAUCUUCAUCAUUCUGGGAGCCCUCCUCCUCCUCCUGCUGAUUGGUGUGUGCUGGUGUCAGUGCUGUCCUCAGUAUUGCUGCUGCUACAUCCGCUGCCCCUGCUGUCCCACCCGCUGCUGCUGCCCUGAGGAAGUCCUGGCCCGCCACCACUACAUGAAGCAGGCUCAGGCCUUAGGUUCUCAGAUGAUGGAAAAACCCCUGUACUGGGGGGCGGACAGGAGCUCCCAGGUUUCAUCUUAUGCAAUGAACCCGCUGCUGCAGCGAGAUUUGUCCCUGCGGUCCAGUCUUCCACAGAUGCCAGUGACCCAGACCACGGCUCACCCUCCCAUCACCAAUGGCGUCCUGGAGUAUUUGGAAAAAGAGCUACGGAACCUCAACCCAGCCCAGCCUCUGCCCCCUGACCUCAAAACCAGAUUGGGCCAUCCCUGCAGCAUGCUGUCCUCCCUGGGCUCUGAGGUUGUGGAACGCAGAAUUAUUCACCUGCCCCCACUGAUCAGAGACCUGCCAUCCUCAAGGAGGACCAGUGACUCCUUGCGCCAGCAGCGGCUCACUCCAGUUCCCUCCAGACCCUGGGAUCUGAGGGAAGGGAGAAGGCAGCACCAUUAUCCUGAUUUCCAGCAGGAGUUCCAGGAUGGGGGGCCAGAGCCCUGGGCAUUGGAGAGAAGGGAGCUGGACCACCCGUGGAGCGGAAGGCACCACAGCUCCAGGCUCAAUGGGUCACCCAUACCCUGGUCAGACAGGGACAGCCUCAGUGAUGGCCCCUCAUCCAGCGUGGCACGCUGGCGUCCCAGCCGUCCCCCUCUCAGGAGCCACUAUCAGCAGAGGCCCCGCAGGCCCAGCCCCAGGGAGAAUGCCCAGAGGCGUGGGAGACGCAGGCACCGCAGCUACUCUCCUCCCCUGCCCUCAGGCCUCAGUUCUUGGAGCUCUGAGGAGGAGAAGGAGAGGCAGCCCCAGAGCCGGAGGGCCCACCGCCAACGCUCAUACUCCCCAAACUGGCCUGAGGAGAAGCCGCCCAGCUACAGCUCACUGGAUGUCAUUCCAGGCAAGAAUGGCAGGAAGAAAGGGAGUGUGGAGAGGCACUCGGAGAGAGGCAGCUCCCAUAGUGGAAGGAGUGUUGUCAUUUAGUCACCAGGCACCGCACAGAUUCUGUGGCUACUUCU